AUUUAAGAUAUGCAGAUGGCAGCAUAUUACUGGCAGAAUGGAGCAAUGAACGGAAAUUAUUGUGGAUGAAAGUGAAAGAAGAAAGUGCAAAAGUGGAACUGCAGCUGAACACUAAGAAAACAAAACCCACGACUGCAGACUGCAGAUUUACACAUCCGCUGCCAAAAGUGAGGAAGCCAGCACCGAGAGAGACUCGGGAGACCGUGGUUAGGCCAUCCAGGCAGCCAAGGAAGCAGAGGAAGCCUGGAAAAGGAGAGCCCUCCGUGGGGGCUCCUGGGAGGGCAUCCCCUCUGCUGACAGAAAGCUGCAGCAGCAACGGUGCCAAGCUGCUGCGGUGGAUGGGCUGCAGCCUGGGCUCCCAGUCCAAAGUGUGGUCACAAGCAUCACGGUGCCGUCUUCUCCAAGUGAUUCUCUGCGGUCUCCGCUGCAGCAGAACUUUCUCUGGGCAAGGAAGUGAAGAAGGAAGAUUACCAGGGGAUUAUCUGAAGCCCCGAGCGGCAGAGGAGGAUGAGUGACGCUGCAGCUCCAUGCCUGGCAGGCGCCAAGUGGGAGAGGCGGUUGCAGGGCUGAGCAGAGCUGCACAUGCAGAGCGGCCGUGCAGGGAGCACACGCAAGAGCCUGGGCCACCCAAGCGGCAGCUGUCCCUGGGCAUUGCUACGGAUGCACAGCUGUCUCCUUGGCAACAGCAAGCAAGAGGCAAGGCACGAUGGUGAGGGAAGGCAGCGGCUCCCCAGGUGCAAGCAAGGUGCUGAAGGACCGGGGCGCCUCAACCCCCCGGAUGGCGUUGCUCUGAUAGCUGACAAAAGGCUCCUUUCUCUUCCUCUGUCCAAGAUGCGGAGUCUUGAAGCUUAUGCUGAGGAGCUGACCAGAUGGCAACAUCCUCCUUCGAGCUGGCACAAUUUCCGUCCCCUCCCAAGAAGGAGGGAUGCCGGAGCAGAGAGCGCAGCUGUGCUUGCAGCAGAAAGGGGAAAUGCAUGAAGGCACAUGUCUUGAUCUAGGCAAGGAGAGUUGUGAGCACUGCUGUCUGCUUUUCCUCUCCAGCCAGCCUUCUGGAGCUGCGGAAGGUUGGGUUUGCUUUGCUGGCUGCUGAUACAGGAAGAAAUUGCAGCUGUUUCCUCUGGACGCUCAGUCUCUGGCCCCUUGCGUCAGUUGUCCUUGAACUUCCUCGUUCAGUUGGUCUCUGCACACCCAGAGGCCUGUGGGAGGGAGCAGCAGCUUUUCAGGAACUCGACUCUUGGCCAGCUGCGUCCUGCCUGCCCCUGUUCCUCUCGUGGGCCCUCCUGCUGCUGCAAGACAGGCGAGCCAAGGUGCAGCUGCUAUCGCGGCGGUGACCCUCCCUUGCCCCUCCCCGCUUGUGCCCACCAUGAAGUUUUCCCUACGCUUCUGGUUCCUGUCCACGGCUUUCCUGCUCAUCUUCAUCGUGUCACUGCUCUUCACGUACUCCCACCACAGCAUUGCCUACCUGGAGGCUGGUGGACCAAGCGGCCUCCACAGGGUGAAGCUGGUGCCAAACUAUGCCGGCAUGCAGCGCCUCGGCAAGGAGGGGCUCUUGGUGAGGAGCUGCGCCUGCCGCCGGUGCACGGUGGGCCCCCGCGACUCCGAGUGGUUCGACAGCCGCUUCGAUGGGAACAUCUCCCCCGUGUGGACCAUUGAGAACAUGGAUCUGCCGCCAGAGGUCCAGCGGUGGUGGAUGAUGCUGCAGCCCCAGUUCCAGUCCCACAACCUGCGCGAAGUCCUGAGCAAGCUCUUCCAGGUCAUCCCCGGAGAGGACCCCUACCGCCCCCGCCCGCCCCAGCCAUGCCGGCGCUGCGCCGUGGUGGGCAACUCGGGCAACCUGCAGGGCUCCAGCUACGGCAGGGAGAUCAACGGGCACGACUUCGUCAUGCGAAUGAACCAGGCCCCCACCGUGGGCUUUGAGGCAGAUGUUGGGAGCAGGACGACCCAUCACUUCAUGUACCCAGAAAGUGCCAAGAACCUUCCAGCCAACGUCAGCUUUGUCCUUGUGCCCUUCAAAGCUCUGGACCUGCUGUGGAUCGCGAGUGCCCUGUCAACGGGCCAGAUCCGGUUUACAUAUGCCCCUGUGAAGCCCUUCCUUCGGGUGGACAAAGACAAGGUCCAGAUCUACAACCCUGCUUUCUUCAAGUACAUCCAUGACCGAUGGACAGAGCACCAUGGGCGCUACCCAUCCACAGGGAUGCUGGUGCUCUUCUUUGCCUUACACGUUUGCGACGAGGUGAAUGUCUUUGGCUUUGGGGCAGACAGCCGUGGCAACUGGCACCAUUACUGGGAGAACAAUCGCUACGCGGGGGAGUUCCGAAAAACCGGCGUGCACGAUGCGGACUUUGAGGCCCACAUCAUUGACAUGCUGGAGAGGACAAACAAGAUUGAUGUUUACCGUGGCAACUGAGCCUUCCAGCUCCACUCUUCAGCACUGGGCUGGCAACAGGCCUCCCAGAGGAGAUGGCAGAGCUGGGGAUUUCCCCACAUCUCAGCGGACAAUCAGGAUGCUCCGACUUUGGAAGCGAUCCAGCAGAGAGUGGCUCCUCCGGCGGGGGGGGCCCCUGAAACCAGCUGGAUUUACAAAUCAUGCUGUGAGCGUCCAACAAUCCCGCUGUGGCCCUGCCUGGGGGUGAGACCCCAAAUGUCACAGUGUUUCCUUCUCUGAGUGGGGAUGGAAAGGAGGAGGACCAGUCCGAGCAGCCAGCCAGGCCCCCAGACGAGCCCAAGAGGAGGGGCCGAUGUCUUCCUCUUUCCCGGCACUUCGACAUCUGCCAGCAGCCCCAAGUGCUGAGGAGGCGGCGCUCUGGGGGAGGGCUUCUCUGGCGCUCCAGCUGGGACUGUGAGAAGACCCACUUAACUCCUGACAGAUGCUUUUUUGAAAAAACGGCCAUUGCUUUUCUUUGAUAAUCACUUCCUGUGGUUGCCCAGGGAAUCUCCUUUUGUCCAAUCAGGUCUACAAUUGUAGAGUGGCUGGAUUGCAUUUUGUGUUACAAUCACGUAGACUCGAGGAGUUCCCUGGCAGGGCAUCGUGGGAAACCUCCUGCACAGAGCCGAGCCUGCCGCAAAGCUUGGCUCUGGCUGGACCGUCUGUGGGGCGGGCGGCUGCUUGGAGAUGAGCGGCUGGCCUUGGUCACGUCAGCUGCACUGGGCCGCAAAGGUGGAUGGUCCCCACUUGUUCCCAGAGCUGAGCAGAUGCCACACCAAAGGCAUUCUGCUCUUCUGAACCUGUCUUCAGCCCUUCUCUCGUUUCCUGAAACAAUCAAGCUCACCGCUGUCCCGAGUGGUGGCAAGCAGCUCUUUGUUCACCCAGAUUCAAAGCAGGGUGUGCAUGUUCCUAGUCUACCUCCACCGUUCUGUCCUCCACUUUUGCUCAGAGGGUUCCGGCAAUUAUGGGGGGAGCAAGAGGGUGAAUGCUGGCAGGUGGCCUCCAGACACUCUGCACCUCCUCUCCUCUCGCCUCAGCCACUCACUCCCCAGUGGGAUGUGGAAUAGCCUGGCUCAGAGCAGACUGUUUAAUUUGCUUUUCUUUCUAAGCAUUGUCUUGUCUUGGAAUCCUCCAGGGUCCCUGGUGGUGGGAGGCAUCUGGCAGAGUUUCCCAUCCCACUGGGACAAAAGGGAUUCCUCACUUGCAUCCACUAUGAAAAGAAAUGGAUAUCAAGUACUUUGGCUUUUUUGGCUAAUGAGGAGGUUUCUUAAGGGCCAUAUGGAUCCAGAAUCUUGAGGUCCCAAAACUUUUUCUAAUCAUGAAGGCUUCCAGGACCUAAUCCAUAGCUGUAUUAAUAUUUUGUAGACUGGAUUAUCCUGGAAUCUUAGAACCACUGGAAGGAGCCACUGUGGCUGCCCUUUAGUCAGGCGUGCUGCCUGAGGGAGGCUGUGGAACAUACUUCCCCAGCCUGGUGCCUUCCAGAUGCACUGUACUUCCAACUUCAUAAUUCACCACCAGCAAUAGCCAUGCUGGGUGAGGGAUGCUGGGAGUUGCAGUCCAGCACACCAAGGUGGGGUAAGCUGCUGCAGAGCCUUCCUCAAACUGAGCCAUGGCAUUUUUGUUCUGGUCUGUCUGUGCCCUGGCACUGCACAGGUGUUGACUUCUUUGGCACCUAGCUGCGGAGGGAACUAAGGUGGCAAGCUGGAGGGUGGGGCAGGGGCAGGGGCAGGGGCAGGAGCAGGGGCAGGACAGUCUCGGGAAUUAACGAGUGCCUUGAUAUGCACAGUCAGCUCUGCUGGACUCUCUGCUGGGUGCCCUGCACAUGGGCUGUGUUUGCUGUGCAAAUGCCCCCCCCCCCCCGGUGCUGUUUUGGUAGCGGCUCCCCUCUUCUGUUGCCAUGCUGCUGCUGUUUUGAGGGUUUUGCAUGGAGAAGAGCCCCUUCUGCAUGAAGAAGUCAGACAGGGUGUGGAGGCUUGAGGAAUUUCCUGGGGGUGGCAUUCCUUCUGGCUGAUCUUUGCACUGGAAAGAAAAGUGUUCCUGGCCAGAUUCUCACUGGCCACUGCCUGGCUGGGAGCCCCAUGUGCCACUCCAGCGUAAUGGAUGGGAUGGGAUGGUCAUGGUGCAAACAACAGGAGGCAGCCGUCCCGUCACUUAGCGCCUGGCCUUCUGCACAGCACGAGCUUCUUGUCUCCCCGAGCUGGUCCAUGCAAUCUAGCAGGCCACGUGGCUCACGGACGCCUGCAGCCAUCUGUACAGCCACACCGAGCUGCCGCACAUGCAGGCAGCCACUUCAGCUGCUCAGGCCAUGGCUGUGGCUUGUGCCAUCCAAACCUGGUGAGGGCAAGUUGCUGGCAGGUACAGCAAAGCCCCCACAACCUUAACACAGCCUGUGGGUCCUUGGUGAUUUUGAACCACUCCAGCAGCCCAGCCUUGCUGGGUUUGGAUGAAGCUACGAUGUGUGGCAAGCCUGCUGUGUCUCUUGGAGCUGGGGGCCUCCCCCCACCGCUGCCCACCAAUUUCCUGGGCCGGUUGCAGCUCCUCAGCUUGGCAGGCCUCCGGGCGCUGCCACUGAAUUUCUGGAGGAGCAGCGUGCGAGGGGCAGGGAGGCUGCACUGGGUGCCGCAGGAGCAGUUCUCUCUGUGCGGAAGCUGUUGUGCAAGAUGGAGCAGAGGGUGUUUGCUGCCUCCAGCGAGGAGGAAGGCCUCCUGUUUCUGUCCGUCACACUCGGGGCUGUUCUGCAUUUGGAAGGACUCCCAGCUAAACUGAACCACUGCUUCCCAAGCACCAGAGCUUUAGGCAGGACGUGGACCAUCAGCAGCCCCAGCCAUGCAGCCCACUUUCCUGCUCUAGCACAUCUGCACAGCGCCCUCUUGUGGCUUCCACAGGCACCUCUUACAGCAGCAGCAGUCACGGAUCCAAAGCAGUCUCCUUCCCGCCCGAGCAGUCGCAGCUGCCGCACUUCCGAAUCAGUAUUACAUGCCGUCGUGCUGCCUUUCAUCAUGCAGUUCUUAAUUUCACAUGCUACGACUGGAAGCAACUGGAUUAUGGUGGUGUUCUGUUGUACAAGAUAAAACCCUUUUCUUUCUGUUCAUUUUUGCAGUUUGUACCUGAAAUAUGUGUGUGAGGUGGGAGGGGGGAGUCAUUCAUUUCAAGUAGGGUUGCCAGUGGAGGGGGCUGGGUGGACCACCCAGCCAGCAGCAUGUCCAGAAGCACAAGACAGUGCAGGCAGCCCCUCAUUUUGCGCCGGCUAAGCCGGCCCUCCUUUCCAUGGGUGAUCUGAGGUAUUGCCCAUCUGGGGCACGCCAAUUUUGCAACUCGUUUUUAAAAGUGCUCCUAAUGCUCCUCCUCGGUAUUAAAUCGGGCCAGUGCAUGCUUCAUGUAAUCCUUAACCAUCAGGAUUUUCUCAGAACUGAUCUUUAUUGGAAGAACGUGGACUGUAAUUGUGAAUGGCUGUAGGCUUGGCUGUGCCUACGUCUCCUGAACAAGCCCUGGGCACGCCUUUGGAGAGCUGCCUCAGCCUCACCCCAGUGGGAAGCCCCUGGAAAGCUGCCCAGAGGGCCAAUCAGGACAAGAAGCCUCUGUGGAAAAACAGCACUGACAAGGAGCACCGUGCGUGUGUGUGUGUGUGCGCGCGCGCGCGCGCACGCGCACUGGAGACUUCUGGGCUGGGUUCCUCCAGUUCGGGCAGAGCACUGGAGAGGAUGUUCCAAGGGCCGCUGCUUUGCUGCCACAGCUCGGUGUGCUCUUCUCAUUUCUGGGCUCACAUGGUUGGUGGCUUCCAAUCUCUUUUAUGCAGUCUGACGCUCUAAGUGCUUCCCCAACCUGGCGCCCUAGAGAUGGCUUUGAACUAGAUUCCAUCAGCCCAAACCAACAGGGUCAAUAGUCAGGAAGGGUGGGUGCUGUAGUCCAAAGCGUGUGAAGGGCAACCAGGUUGGAAAAAGACCAUCCUCCUAUGUGGGAACCAUUUUUUAAACGUUUGAAAUUGUCUCUUCUUUUUUUCUUUAAAGGAUGCAGUGAAUUGAGAAGUGUAAGAAUUGCAGCCAUUUAGGGUCUAGAUUAUGAUUUUAUCAGGCCAUGAUGCAGCAGUGCACCCUUCCUCAAGUUGUUGCUCCCAGAUGUGCUGGUCUAAAACUCCCAGAAUGCUGUGCUGUCUAGGGGAUUCUGGGAGCAGCAGUGCAACACUUGUGGGAGGCACCAGCUUGACAAAGCUACGUGUGCUAAAUAGGGCAUGGCAAGCCGCACUUUAGCAAACCACCCAGGCUCAGGCAGUUCCGAGAGAACGGCGGAGGGCCGCAAAGAGCUGCUCAAAGAGCCCCGCAAGCCACACUGAAAGGCACGAGCCGUGCUCCCCCGUCCUGUCCCGUGGCAGGUGAGGCCUCUUUCAGGGUGCCAGCCUCUCCCGCCCUGCCCCUCACCAAGGGACCACGUCCCCUUUCCAGUCUAAGAAGGUUCCAUUGUCAGCGGCAGAAAGCUUGGCGAGCACAUCCAGGAUUCCUCUUAUCCUGCACUCCAUGGUCGGUAUUUCCUGGAACAAGAAAGUGGCGAGAUCCCAUGAAUGUUGUGCUGGCAUCCGCUCCUUCACUAAUCAGCUCCACAAGAGCCCUUCGCGAUGACAGCGCCACUGCUCUUUCGUGUGCUGUGGGAGUGACCCAUGCCAAUGCUGCUCAGUUACUAUAGCGAAGCGUUGCUUUCAGUGUAGCAACCCCAUUUCCAAGGGGACAGGCAGUUGCAGCAAAACCAACAGCAAGUCUUGUGGUGCUUUAAAGAUUCCUUGCGGCAGCACCCUUUGUGGAGUGCAGUCCACCUGCGAUCAGACUAAGCGGACUGUAGCUGAGGGAAGCUCCUGGCUGAGUAAUUCAUCCUUGUUGCCAAGCUGGCUUGUUUUCCUCUUCCCUCCUCACUAUUUUCCCUUGUUUGUGAUUGAUCUCCCACUCUAGGAGCCCUGUCAGCUAAAGAGUGGGAGGCCAAUGCUCUAAAUAAAUCCUUGCUUAAAUCCA